AUGCAGCAGACCACGAGGCCAUUGACCCAACACCGUCCAUCUCUCUCGACCGUCUCCUCCUCCGGACUCACGACACGACAAUCCCACUCACGUACCAACUCUCACUCCAUUCUCGGCGGCGCUCUGAAUGCCAACCACCGCGUCACCCGCCGCAAGUCCAUGACAAACACCGCUGCGAACGCGGCGGCCAUGGCAGCAGCAAUCAAGGAAAUCGGCGGUGACAAAGUCACGCCCAUUGCCGUUAGCUCUCGCCGUAACACGGCGUCAAAGAGCGCUGCCGCCCGCGUUGCAAUCGUCGGAAGCCUACCUUCCCCUCCUGCGAGUCUGCCAACACAGAAGUUCCACUUGGACGGGAAGACGGACAUCCAUGAGAGCGCCAUUGAGGACGACCCGAACAACGGGUCGGCAGACGAAGGCGAGAACAAUGAUCAGAAGGCUCGCAUCCGUCGCGCCAGCGACGGGCAGCCCCUCAUCAAGGAGGGCAGCCGAAAGUUCAACCGCGUUGAACUCAAGUGCGAGACGUGUGGAAAGGGAUACAAGCACAGCAGUUGCCUGACCAAGCAUUUGUUCGUCCCCCUUCUCAUUUCCAAACCCACAUCCCCAAUGUUCCCCGGUAUAAGCUCUCGAGAUCAGAUUGCUGGAUUCCUCUUGAUCGAUGUGUAG